AUGCGUUUCACGUGCGUAGAUGCCCCGGUCCGGGAGAAGAGCUGCCGCGGCCAGGCCGACGACGAGCUCCCCGGAGACUGGAGCAUGCUCUCCAUCGGGACUCUCGGCAACGAGCCCACGCCGGCUCCGGCGCCGGCGCCAGAUCAGGCGGUGCCGGACUUCACCAUCGAGGAGGUGAAGAAGCUGCAGGAUGCGCUGAACAAGCUACUCCGGCGCGCCAAGUCCAAGUCCAGCUCCCGCGGCUCCACCGCCGGCGCCGGCGACGAGGAGCAGAACCUGCCGCUCGACAGGUUCCUCAACUGCCCCUCCAGCCUCGAGGUCGACCGGCGGCUCUCGCUCAGGCUGCAGGGCGCCGACGGCGGGCAGAACGGGGAGUUCUCGCCGGACACGCAGAUCAUACUCAGCAAGGCCAGGGAGCUCCUCGUCAGCACCAACGGCAACGGCGGGGGCGUCAAGCAGAAGUCCUUCAAGUUCCUCCUCAAGAACAUGUUCGCCUGCCGGGGCGGCUUCCCGCCGCAGCCCAGCCUCAAGGAUCCAGUGGAAACAAAACUGGAGAAGUUGUUUAAGACGAUGCUUCAAAAGAAGAUGAGCGUCCCUCGCCCGAGCAACGCGGCAUCGUCAUCGAGGAAGUAUUACCUAGAGGACAAACCAAUGGGAAGGAUCCAAAUGGAUGGUCGCCACGACGAGGAGGAGGAAGAGGAUUACAAUGAUGAAGAUAUCUUCAAGUGGGACAAAACAGAUUCAGAUUUCAUUGUUCUAGAGGUGUAAAGCAAUACCUGACACACAAGGUCAAGAUCAUUAUGUUGUGAAAUGAUUACACGGAUGUUAUAGUGCUAUCGACGCUGUAAUGAUCCCGGUGAUAGAUGUUGAACGAUGUGUUGAACGCCAAAUCGAUGAGGCGGAGGACAUAUGAUGGAAUCGGCACUGAACGGACGUGUCGACAGGCCAAGAUUUGAUCUGCUGUUCAUAGGAGGAAUCAGUUUUCAGCUUAAUUAGUCUUACUCCCUCUUUCCUUCUUUUCUUUUUGAGGGAUUACUCCCUUUGAUUUUUGUUUCGGAGGUCUGAUAUAUCCAUGUUCCAUGUAUACUCCUCUUAUAUAUAAAUUCCUUUUCACUCUC